AUGGCAGCCAUUCAUAUUAAGGAAUCUAAUUCUGCAUUAUUAAAUGUCUCUUCAUUCCAGGUCAUGGAAAUCAAAGGACAAAUGAUCCACGUCCCAGAAUCAAACUGUAUUUUGUUUUUGGGCUCACCAUGUGUGGACAAGCUGGAUGAACUGAUGGGUCGAGGCCUCCACCUUUCAGACAUACCAAUUCACGAUGCUACCCGUGAUGUCAUCCUUGUUGGGGAGCAGGCUAAAGCCCAGGAUGGCUUGAAGAAGAGGAUGGACAAGCUUAAAGCAACAUUAGAACGAACGCACCAAGCUCUAGAAGAGGAGAAGAAGAAAACAGUGGAUCUUCUUAUCUCAAUCUUCCCAGAAGAAGUGGCCCAGCAGCUCUGGCAGGGGCAGCAAGUUCAAGCCAGAAAAUUUGAUGAUGUUACGAUGCUCUUUUCAGACAUUGUUGGCUUCACUGCUGUCUGUGCCCAGUGUACACCCAUGCAAGUGAUCAGUAUGCUCAAUGAGCUUUACACCAGAUUUGACCACCAAUGUGGAUUCCUAGAUAUCUAUAAGGUGGAAACAAUAGGCGAUGCAUACUGUGUGGCGGCCGGACUCCACAGGCAGAACCUGAAUCAUGCAAAGCCAAUUGCCCUGAUGGCCCUGAAGAUGAUGGAGCUGUCAGAGGAGGUGCUCACACCCGAUGGAAGACCAAUUAAGAUGAGAAUAGGGAUUCACUCAGGAUCUGUUCUGGCUGGAGUUGUUGGGGUGAGAAUGCCCAGAUAUUGUCUCUUUGGCAACAAUGUCACCCUAGCAAGCAAGUUUGAGUCAGGAAGUCAUCCACGCCGCAUCAACGUCAGCCCAACGACCUAUCAGCUUCUGAAAAAAGAAGAAAAUUUUAUCUUCAUUCCUCGGUCCCGUGAAGAGCUUCCAGAAAACUUUCCAAAGGAAAUUCCUGGGAUUUGUUAUUUCCUGGAGGUCAGAACUGGUCAGAAGCAGCCAAAGUCCUCUGUCACAUCUGCCAGAGUGAGAAAGAUAUCCUACAACAUUGGCACCAUGUUCCUUCGGGAAACGAGCCUAUGAAGCCUGUUGCAGAUCAAAGACUCAUCA